GGAGAGAGAGAGAGUGAUAGAAGCCCCAGCCACCAGAGGGCAGCACCUUCAUGUACACAAGAUCCCAAACAGUUGAGAUGGUGCAUGGCUGCUGAUUUCAGGGGUCCAGGGGCCUCCCACGCUAGAAAAGCACCCAUAAAUCCAUGACCCGGGUGCUGAUGUGAUGGGUGCAGAUCCUUCUUCAAGUUGAUGAGUCAAAUGCACGGCCAGCAACAUGGAUGCUGCUCGCAGAAGUCAAGACAUACGGAAGAUGUUGAAUCCCGACUCCCGCUCUCUCAUGGGAUUGAGCGAGGAAGAGCUGCUCAUCCGGGCGAGGGAGGAGCGCGCAAACAUAGUUGGGCGCUACGACCUCGGGCGAGAAGAAGGAGCCGUGAUAGACCCCUGGGAGGACCCCGAGCUGGAGGUCUACCACACCACAGACCGAUUCGGCUUCAUACAUGACACCCGACUACCACGGACGCGCUCAAAGGAGGAGGAGAAGAAGCUGGAGGUGGAGUCCUCGAGGAUUCCGAAGUGGCUUAAGAUGAUCAAGACGUGGGACAAGUACUGGGAGAAGGAGAAGUUUGUCAAGAGGAUUUACAAAGGCAUUCCAGAUAGGUUUCGGGGAACGGUGUGGGCAAAGCUUCUCUUCUUGGAGCAGACGAAGGAAGAGCAGAAAGGGAAAUACGAGGAAAUGAAGCGUCUCGGGUGCAAGUGGUCGCCGGAUGUUCGGCAAAUUGAUCUGGAUGUAAAUAGGACUUACAGGGACCAUACCAUGUUUCGCAUGAGAUAUGAUGUGAAGCAGCAGCAGCUUUUCUACGUUCUAGUUGCAUACUCCAUGUACAAUCAGGAAGUGGGUUAUUGCCAAGGAAUGUCUCAGAUCGCUGCAUUGUUACUCAUGUACCUGAACGAGGAGGACGCCUUCUGGGCUCUCUCGGCCCUGAUGUCCUCUCCCAAAUAUGCAAUGCAUGGUUUCUUUAUACCUGGGUUUCCCAAGUUACUGCGCUACCAACAGCAUCACGACAAAAUCCUUGAUAAGUUUCUUCCCAAAUUGAAAAAACAUUUGGAAAGAAACUGCAUAGAUUCAGGGCUGUACACUCUGAAAUGGUUCUUCCAGUGUUUCCUAGACAGGGUUCCGUUCACCCUGACCUUAAGGCUGUGGGACAUCUUUGUGCUGGAGGGAGAGCGCCUCCUGGUGGCCUUUGCCUACUCCAUCCUCAAGCUUCACCGUCGACACAUCGCACGCCUUGACAUGGACCAGAUCCUUGACUACCUCCAGAAGAAGCUGGAGAAGAACUUUGGGUACGAGGACGACUAUGUUAUCGAGAGCUUAGAGAAGGCCAUGGAUGAGCUGAAGAAGGCCAAGCUGGACCACCCCGGCCCCCCGCCAGACCAUGAGCUGCCGCAACAACCCUUCGGGAUGUUUAUAGAGCCCACGAUUGAGAAGGAGUCCGGAAUACGUCGGGACUUCACCGAGGAGGAGCGACUCAUUACAGAGAAGCUGAUGAAGCGGACAGAGACCAUCGGCCUGAACGGGUCUCACCUCUCUGUUGACCGCGGCUCAAGAUACUCCCUGGAAUGCAGCAUCGACGAAGUGAGCAGCCUGGGGGGCGUGGGCGGCUCCCGGGCGUCCCUGGCCAACACCUCGCUCACCUCCGCUGCCGACCUCUCCACGCUGUCCUCGGUGACCCUGGCCAGGCGCGGGGACAUCGACGCUGCCUCCAUACAGUCAGGCCGAUCACUCAUCUCCCCAGACACACGGUCGGUACAGUCCGUUCGGUCGCCCAGGUCACCCACGGAGAGGUUCAGGCACUCCAACAGCCACUCGCCUUCACAGUCGGCAGCGGCCCAUCGGACUAAUGGUGAUGUGCAGAGUGACACGCAGUCGUUACAGAGUGAGGGCGAGGUGGUGCAUAACGGUGACCUGGGCAGCCCCUCGCACAGCCCCUCCACGCCACGCCCUUCCUGCCUCUCGGUGAGCCAGACCACGCUGCAGGACAAGGAGGCGCUGCUCUCGGAGCCGGCCACACCCAAGGCCACGGAGACGCCCGACACAGUUCGUAUUUUUGUAUCGUACUCAGGGAACACAGAAACGCUGACCCCCAAGAGCCACUUCUCCAAGGCUGCUGACGAUGAUCUGAAAGUGAUAACCAGUUCCAGCGACCCCAACAGGAUCACGAUCCACGUGGACAGGGACGAGAGGUUAUCGGCGCUGUCUGAGUAUUCCUCCAACCCAAGCAGCUCACCAAGGGAUCCUUCAACUCUACACGAUUCUUUAGGUUCGGAAAGCUUCACAACUGUUGACUCAUCCUCUCAGGACCAUUCCGCGCUACUUCAGGAAAUCAAGAUAUCACAGGAGUCUUCGCCCCAGAGCAAAGGUUACUCUCCUUCGCCCCAGAGCAAAAGUUACUCUCCUUCGCCCCAGAGCAAAGGUUACUCUCCUUCGCCCCAGAGCAAAGGUUACUCUCCUUCGCCCCAGAGCAAAGGUUACUCUCCUUCGCCCCAGAGCAAAGGUUACUCUCCUUCGCCCCAGAGCAAAGGUUACUCUCCUUCGCCCCAGAGCAAAGGUUACUCUCCUUCGCCUCAGAGCAAAGGUUACUCUCCUCCGGUGUCUCCUUCCCUGCCCAGGCUGGAGACGUCGCGGUCCCGGCCUAUCACUCUUGACAGUCCAGAGUAUAGCGAGGGGCUCCUGUAAGUACAAGCAGUGCUGGAGGUUUCAUUCGUACUAUUUGAGAAUUUUAAGUAUGUGACUUCUGUAUAUAAAUUUUGAUGUAUUGGCAUGUUAGUAAAUUAUUUCCAUCGGUAGGGAAUUAGUCUUGAAAGUCUUAAAUGUCCAUUUCUUCAUGAGGGUUGUAAGAGAACACUUUUGUUUUGAAGAAGUUUUGUGUAUAGAAAGAGAGUAUUGUCCACAGUGGAAAGGAGUCCAGAUUACAAUAAGUGAAUAAUAAUACUGAUAGAUGUUUGUGAGCAAGCCGCUCAUUAUUAGUAAGUGUACUUAAUAGAGUUGAUGUUUAUAGAUGCAAUCCUCACUCCUGGUAAGUAUGGAGCCAAUACUAGCAUAUUUUUAUAUGACUCCUAUUCUAGUCUUCCUUAUUUUUCUGUUUCUCUUGGUGACGUUAUGAUUUGCCGGCAGGCAAGACCUGCACUUCACUCUUCCUUUGCAGCGAUGAGUUCAAGAAAAACGGUAACUCGAGGCAACAAACGUUGCAGUCUUAACAGUAGUCUAAAAAAGCCAUUGCAAGCAAGGUCACCAAAAGUGUUAUUUUUAUAGGUCACCAUUUAUCAGUUGUAAGUUUUCCUGAGCAAAAGUCAUGAACAUUUUUUAUAUAUAUAUCAGAAACAUUCCCAUAUAUGUAGAUAUACAUAUACCAUAUAUUUAGAUUUUUUGUUUUGUUUUUUGUCUUUUUUGCAUCACUUGCCUUACGACGAGGCAAGGACAUAUUAGCGAGUACACAUAUCCGUAUCCAGGCAGCCGUAGACCCGAGGCAACACUUGUGAGGGUCAACUGACAGGCGGGGGAGGGGGAGGGUAGGAGUGGCUGGCGCGUGUGUGCACUGCCCCUGGUGCUGCCUGGACCCCUGAGCCGCGCCACCGUGCAAUACUGCCACAAGCAAAGGGUCACAAAGUAUACUCCGCGCGUCUCUUUGGUUGGGGGCCUGACCGUGCUCAUUUUCAGGCUUUCUUUGUAGGUUUGAUUUACCUCAGUAUUUUACUUGAUCACAGAGUAGAGAAUCACGACGUACAUUUAUAUUAGGCGAUGAUUGUACACCCGUCAUGGACUCAGGCUGAUUUCUUCCUUACAAAAUUAAGAGGAAAAAGCAGACUGGAAGAAUGAACCAAACUGGAGAGUCUUCUAGUGUAGGAAACUUUUGUAAUGGUGAGGCAUCGUAGCAGCAUAACUAAUGAUCUGUUUAUGCUGGGAAGGUUCUGCUUCCAUAAUUAAUCUCUGCCAAGUUGGCUGUUUUCACAUGACUGUAGAUGUUUUCAUUUGGACACGUCAUAUUUGUAUCAGGACAAAAUAAGAACAUUUUCUCCAUAAUUUAAGAUUAGGCAUUCAUUGUCUUGUCUAAUAUUAAUUUCAAAUGAAGCAAAGUCACUGUUUGUGAAGAAAGAAUCAGUCAUUCAUUUUGAUUUUAAGACCUGAUAUUGUAUUUUAUGCUUCAUCUAACCUUUUUACUUUAGAUAUCAAUGUUACUGUUGGGAGUGUCCCCAGAUGUAUCAUGUCCUGUUUGGCUGGUAGUUGCCAUGUUCCUGAGCCACACAACACUGCACUCAGUGAGGAGCGGUGCCCAGCCAUGCUAGCACACCCAGCCUACGGUGCGGGCGCUGAGCCGCCCCGCACUACCUUGUUUGGCAAGCUUUAAGCCUUUAGCCUCGUUGAUGCAGGGAAUGAAUAAAACUCGUGCUAUGAACUUACUGACAUAGGACGUUCUCAUUUUGCUAAAAAUGUGAUUGAAAAUUGUCAUUUGUUUGCCUAAUACAUAACAUUUAGACUUAAUGGUGAAGAUUGUUGGUUGGCUGUUUUGGCUGGGGUUGAGUAUUCAGUCUUUGGAAAUCUCUACUUGGUAGUUUGACAAUUUUGCACUUUGAGUAUUACUGAAAGUACUUACACACACACACAAACACACAUACACCCACCAGUUUAUUUUGAGCUGGAGUAAGUCAUUGAUUACUAGAGGUUGUAGUAAUUUCUAUUGUGGUUCCAAGAUGAAUUUUGAAUUAUCAAAAUAUUUUUCCAAACCUGGGAAGCAUUUGGUAUGCUGAGACACGAGAUAGUUUGCCUGUGUACAGUGAAGUAAUGUUUCCAUGAUUUAGGAACAAACAAUAACAAUGUGAUAUCUAAUUUUAGCCAUGCAGACAAUUAACUACCCAAAGAGCCUUUAAAGAUUCAUGUAGAACUGCAUAAGGAGAUUGUCAACCAUUGUAUAUCAAUAGAUGUAUAUCUAAAUACCCUGUAAAUAUUAUUAGUCUGUGUAUACUGCUAGCUUGAGGUCUGUAUGAUCACCAGAUGUGAUAUGCAUGGAAGAAAGUUGGAUGUAUCAUAGAUUAAAUAUUCAUAAAGUACCCUGAAGUCACUUAGAUUUGGUAAGGUAUUGCAGGUAUUGUAUUAAAGUUAGUCAUUCAGUACUGGAGUGUUGUAACGUGAAGCGUCUAGUGUUGCCGACAGUCAGGGUUCCCGCCACUGUGCAGCACAACACACUGAGGCUCCUCUUGGCUGUGCAGGGAGGAACACUUGCUUGGCAGGCUGAUUUAAAAAGUUUCUAUCCCUAAAAAUGUCGGUAAAAUUAUAUGCCUUGGCCGGUUCAGUGUGAAGCCACUUAUUUACAUAGAUGAUAACAGUUAUGAUUAUAAAGUGGAAGUUAUCCUGCUUUUACAAAUUAUUAGUUGCCGUCAAUAACAAAACCAUGACUUUUCCCUGAAUUUGACCAUUUGAAAUUUUGAUAACAGUUACUGCACUCAUUUUAUGUACUUUGUAAGGUUUCAGUUGUACAUUCCUGCCAUAAGUUGGCCAUACAUAUAAAUCUGUGUAUUAAUAGUUUUGUAUUAUGUAUAUAAUGUUAUAAUACUACAUAUCCAUUACUUCAUACUUACUUAUGAGUCUCAAAGGUCGCUGAUCACGUAAUACCUUGAACAUAGUCUUGGGUCAGUGGCAGGGUGUUGGGAAUGCUCACCAGUCCUUGGAAGACAUUGGAACCUUUGCAACCAGAAUACUCCUUCGUCGUGUCACAAGAGACCAGGAUUCAGAGGAGGUGUGAGAUGAUGGGUCUGUGUACGAGAAUGUAAAGAAUAAUUACUCAUUUCUCCGUACUCUCUUUUCCACAAACUGUAUUAUUUAUGUUUUUCCUUUUCAUCACAACUGCCAUGUUCUUGCAUUGUUUAUCGUCCAGAGUUUCUUUACUCAAGCUGUAGCAGAACACCUUUGAUUGUAUUUCCACUAGCGGUCCAUGCAGUAUUUAACACAUUAUUUACAGAAGCGAUUCUUACCGUACACAGUCAUGAUGUCUUGAUGUGUUUUGUUAUAGAAUUCCCUAACUCAGAGACUUAGAAGUUUAGAAGUAAUUAACCAAUACUCUUUAUUGUGCUCAGUUUGUUUGUAAUGAUUGUUUGAUCUUGUCAGCAAACACAUAGGAUACACAUGUCCGAAUUUAAUUGCAAAAAUAGGCUUAACAGAAUCCAAGUUUCCCGGAGAAUGUACGAUAAAAGUCUUGUAAUUCCUGCUUGAUCUUCGGUAUGAUUACGUCUCCUUAACCUCAUUGCAUAUAAUUUGCUAAUUACUCCUCAAUUAUUGGUGUUAUAAAUGAAGGAACUUGUGCUUUAUUAACUGGUCUUAGGAGGAAGAUAAACAUUGCAUAAUGUUAUGAAAAUGGUUAAAUAAAUUGUUGAAUUCUA